AAGCAGAAAUCAGCUUUUUGACCCCAAAACAGGAUCAAAACACAGACAUGAGCUCAGGGAAGGGCCAGUCAAACCACAGGGGGCUGAGGAACCUUUCACAAAGCUCUUGGUGGGAAGUUCUGCCUGGAAGUGGCUCACAGCAAACACCAUUUUAUGACAAUCUGCAUAUUUUAUAUUAAAGCAUUUUGUCUGCAGAGCAGGGGAAUUCCUCUCAAACUUUGCAAUUUCUGCUCCUGGCCUCUUCACCCGUUUUUUCCCCCUCCCAUGGUGUCAUCACAUCCCUAGAGAGCUAAAAAAGUCCAUUUUUGGGUCUUUUUGAUGACAUCUCUGCCACUCCUCUGAGCAUUUUGUCCAUCUCCACUUCGCUCAGCAAUCCAAGACCUCAGAAGAUUUUUAGUGCAUCCAUUUGAAGAUCUACACAUCAAUAUAUGAAAAAAAAAGCAAAGACUAACCAAGCUGCAAGCUGCAAAAACAACUUGAUUAAACAAAAUCCGAGCUGGAGGUGGAAGAGAAAAUUUCCAACAGCAGAAGCAUCACAAUUUAAGAAAUCAGCAAAAUCCCCUCCCCACGGUGAGGAUUGCCCAGGGGACACUCAGGAGGGCUGGACAUGGUGCUUCUCCUCCUUCUAGCAGCUCUGCUGCCAGGGCCUGUGGCCAGCAGCCUGCACAGCUCCAGGUUUUUGGCAGGAACCCUUGGGGGCUCCAUCACCCACCAGUGCUUCUACACCCCCAGCCCAGCCAACCAACACCAGCGGAAAUAUUGGUGCAAAAUAACAGAAAACGGGCUCUGCUCCACCAUCAUCUCCAGCAGCUUCACCUCCAGCCAGCACCAGGGCAGGGUGGCCCUGAGGGAUGUCCCCCAGAAUGGCACCAUCACGGUGACAAUGACAGGGCUGAGGAGCAGCGACUCGGGCACCUACAGGUGUGGGAUCGGCAGCACCAACCGAGGGCUCCAUGCCAGCCUCACCCUGGCUGUUUUGGCAGAUGCCACGGUGCCAAAGCCAACCCAGCUCAUCCAAGGGCAGCUCCACGGCUCUGUCACAGUCCUGUGCCACUCUGGGGACAGCCACGGUGACCAGAAGAGGUUCUGGUGCAAGGUGGGCAGAAGCGGCUGCACUCCCAUCGCCAGCUCUGACGGCUUUGUGAGCAGGAGGUACCAAGGACGCAUCGUCAUCACCCCCCAGGAGAGCUCUGGAGCUUUCAAAGUCCUGAUCAACGACUUAAAGGAGGAGGACUCGGGGCUGUAUCUGUGUGGGACAAAAGGAUUGAAGGGUCAGGACAGCCCACAGGAGGUGCUUCUGCAGGUGGCCACAGCCUCCACCCUUCCCAGGAGACCCAAACUCCUCAAGGGUACCGUCGGGGGCUCAGUGUCCUUCCAGUGCCACCAUGACCCCCAGGGCACCUACGAGAGGACGUACCUGUGCAGGUGGAGGGCAGGGAGAUGCCAGGUGCUGCUGGACACCGAGGGCUUCGUGCUGGGGUCCCACCGAGGACGGGCACGCAUGUCCAGCAGCUCCAUGGUGCUGCUGGGGCAGCUGAAGGAGGAGGAUGCAGGCUGGUACUGGUGUGGGGCCAGGAGUGGGCACACGGAGCUCACAGCCCCCCUGAAGCUGCUCAUCCUCAAGGAAACCUGCUCCUCAUGGGACCCAGGAACAGCCACUCCUGAGAGAGCCACAGCACCACAUCCUGCUGCCCACAGCACAGCCAGGCACAGCAGCAGGACCCACGGGAUGGGCACUGUCACCAAGGUCACCUCCAUGGGCACUGUCACCCAGGACACCAGAACUGGCACUGUCACCUAUGGCACCACCAUGGGCACUGUCACCUAUGGCACCACCAUGACCGCUGUCACCCAGGACACCUCCAUGGGCACUGCUCCCAGGGACACCACAAUGGGCACUGUCACCCAUGGCACCAUCUCCCUGCUGCCCACUGCCACCCCUGGCACCUCUGCUGCCUCCCCAGGUGACACCUUUCAGGACAGCUCCUCAGGUGAGCCACAGCUGCUCCCAGUCGUGUUAUCAGCUCUGCUUUUGCUGAUUUGCAUCACCAUCGUCAUCCUCAGCCUGGCCAAAAUCAAGCUUCAAAAGCAGACAGGAGGAGGAAGAAGCAGCACAGGGAGCCUGGAACCAGCUUUGGCCUGUGCUGGAAAGGAGGAAAGGAUGGAGGAGAGCCCAAGCCCAGGGGAGGAGCAGGAAUUCAGGAUGGGCUCUGGCAAAUGUAGGACAAUCUCUGCUGUCCUUGGAAAUAUCAGGAUGACCAGCUUCUAUUUACCUUAUGGGGAAAAAUUACUUUUCAAGGUGCCUCAUGAAGACUUGAGCCAGAACCUUCUGUGAAAACCCCUGGGCACCUGAGCUGGGAAUUUUCUCUGUGGGAAGCCAAGCCCCCAGCACCUCCCCCUGCACUCCUCAGAAGCCAAAUCCCCUUUGCUGAGAGCUGAACCCCCACUCUGCCCAAAUUGCUCCCUGUUUUGCAGAAGAGAGAAUAAAAUAAUGCCCUGAAACCAA